UUCGACGGUCGGUUUCAAGGGUACCGUUUUCCGUUGAACCAAAAAACUGAAGUUUAAUCAAAAAGAGGGCGGAGGCUUAGUGGUUUUUGUGGUUCUCUGUUGAAGAUAAAUGUCCCGUGGGUUUUUAAAAGAAGGAAGCUUAUGUCACUGGUGGUUCUGGCAGAGGUGGAUCCAAGAUUUAAAUUCUAUGGGUUCAAUUUUUAGGUUUUUAGCAUUAAACACAUUAUAAUUUUAAAGUUAUUAGUUCAUGUCUAUUAUUUAUUGCAAUUCUAGUAAAUUUUCACACAUAAAUUUAUGCUCCGCGUCAAAAGUUAUGGCUUCAAUUGAACCCGUACCUGCGACGGUACAUCCGCCCCUAGUUUUUGGUGAUUGUAGAUGAUGCUUUUGAGUAAUGGAAAUAUAUGCAGGGAGUAUUUGAGACUGUCUGUGUGAGUAUUUCAGUGAUGCAUAUGGAAUUGGUUCAAAGAGGGAGACGUGAGAGUGGAAAAAGAAUAGAAGAGCCACUAGUUUUGUUGAAUGGUGGUUGUGGCUGGUUUCAGAGAAGAGGUAUGGUGGUUUAUGAGAAGUACAAUGACUUUGGAAAGAAACUGAUGGUGAUCAAAUUGAUGGAGGAAGGAGCCUUUGCAGCGGUUUGAUGUGAGAGUUUGGGAAAGUGGCAGUGGAGUUGGACAGUGGCUGGUGUGAAUAUUUUGUUGAAGGUGGUCUGACCAGUGGUGGUUACGGGUGCAUGGACGGUAGUGUCCAGCAUUGAGGUGGUGGUGGUGGAAAAAUUGUGUGUACAUGGCGGGAUGAAAAAAAUUAAAAACCAAACUGAUUAAACCAAACCGAACAUGAAAAAGGUCAAACCAAACCAAAAUUACUACUGUUCGGUUCCAGUUACCAAAAUCGACAAAUCGAAAAACGAAAAACCAAAGUGAACUUUUGCAAAACCGAACCGACUGACUGAUGUCCACCCCUUUAUUGGGAACGAUGAAAUAACUAGAUGACUCCAUUAACUUGAGCGAGAUGCAUGAUAUCUCAAUAUGGUGGUUGCAUAAGCUGACAGAUAAUUGGUAGCUUUGCAGCAAAUGAGCACAAAACUAAAAAAUAUUGAGGAAAGGGAAGACAUAUUUAAGUCAUCGUAUGCAUCUAUAUCCAUGUUUGUUUGGAGUUGCAAAUACAUCCGAGAAAUUGAAUUAUUUUACUGUCAUUUUUCCUUCAUGCGCAGUCAAAUUGCCUCCAGAUAUUAUGUUUCAAAGUCAUCCUCUUUCACAUAAUAUACAAUGUCUAGAAGAUAUGAUAGCCGCACAACUAUCUUCUCCCCAGAAGGUCGUUUAUAUCAGGUUGAGUAUGCAAUGGAAGCCAUUGGCAAUGCAGGGAGUGCAAUAGGUAUCUUAGCUAAAGAUGGCGUAGUUUUGGUAGGUGAAAAGAAGGUUACCUCAAAGCUACUUCAGACUUCAACAUCCACUGAAAAGAUGUAUAAGAUUGAUGACCAUGUUGCAUGUGCUGUGGCUGGAAUAAUGUCAGAUGCCAACAUCCUCAUCAACACAGCUAGAGUACAAGCUCAACGGUAUACUUUUGCUUAUCAAGAACCAAUGCCUGUCGAACAGCUAGUUCAGUCUCUGUGCGAUACCAAGCAAGGCUACACACAGUUUGGUGGGCUUCGUCCAUUUGGUGUCUCAUUUCUCUUUGCAGGCUGGGAUAAGAACUAUGGCUUCCAACUGUACAUGAGUGAUCCAAGUGGUAACUAUGGCGGUUGGAAGGCAGCAGCCAUCGGUGCUAACAAUCAAGCAGCACAGUCGAUGUUGAAGCAGGACUACAAGGAUGAGAUCACAAGAGAGGAAGCGGUUCAACUUGUUCUGAAGGUGCUCAGUAAGACAAUGGAUAGUACAAGUCUUACUUCGGAGAAACUUGAGCUAGCAGAGGUGUCCCUUUUCAAUGGUAAAGUCAAAUACCAGGUGCACUCGCCGGAAUCCCUGAACAACUUGCUUGUACAGUCUGGAUUGACUCAACCUGCAGCAGAUACCUAGAGUGAUUCCCAAAUUUGGGCAUGGUUCAACUCUCUCUUUUGCAUUCUCUUUUUCAGUCCUAUAACCAUGUUGAAAGGUCAUCUAUAUAAUUUGUGUUUAAAAGUACCCCUUGAAAUUUUUCUGAUUCUAUUUCACUUGCUAAGAUGGUGUACCCUGUUCGGACUUGCAUGGCCUGAACUAAUGCAGAUUCUGUGUUUGAUGGUGAUAUUAAGGUUUAAAUCCUCAGUUAUUCUUA